UAGACGUAGUAAACAAACAUAAAAUUAUCUGUGUAGUGAAGUUAUGGAUCCUAAACACUUUGUUAUGGGAGAAGAAGUAUUUCUUGAAAUUGACAUACAGUAUCUAGGAGGUGACGAUUUUGUCAAUGAGGAUUCGCUGUUAGUUUAUGGAGUUCUAAAAGCUGUAGUGGAAGGAGAUCUGGGCAAAGUUAAGCAGUUGGUGCAGAUGGGGAACAGUGUCAACAUUAACGAUAGUAACGGAAAUACUCCACUUCAUGUGGCAGUAAUCAAAAACAAUAUGGAAAUUUUAGACUAUUUACUUUCCCGAGAUGGCACCGAUUUGAAUACCCAAAACUUUUGUGGGGAAACGCCGUUAUUAUUAGCUGUAAAAGAUGAAAAAGUUGAAGCUGCAAGGAGACUUAUUGAGGCAGGAGCAAAUGUAAACAUACCGAACCACGAAGAUGUCACACCUCUGCACCUUUCAGUAACCCAUCCUGAUUUGGCACAUACUUUGGUACGAUAUGGAGCAUUUCUAGAUGCCAUAGACUACAGCGGAGAUACGCCACUGCACGAUGCUACCGCUGAGGAAUGUUUAGAAACCGUCUGUAUGCUCCUGUAUUAUAACGCAGAGGCUAAUGUCAGGGGGGUUAACAAUCUUACACCCUUCAUGAAAGCUAUUAUUUCUAAAAACGUUGAAAUUCAAGCAGUUUUACUGAACUACGUGGACGAUUUUAAUGUUGAAACUUUUGAUCACAUAAGUAUAUUGGCUUUAGCUUUAACCCACAAGUGUCCCUUUGUCGAAGAAAUUAUUGAUGGAGGUGCUGAUGUCAACUAUGCUUACGGAUACGAUCUUAUAGAUGCAUUUUCGUUGUGUUUACAAGUUCCCAACCCUCGAAACUUUCAAUUGAUAUGGAGCAAACUUAAGUAUGACGGAGCUGACAUGGCACUUGGAAGUAUUUUAUGGAGGAUUUGUGGUACCUUGAGGAAAGAGUAUAUUAUACAAUAUUUAGAUGUUAUUAUAGAAAGCGACAAUAUAGCUCAAGUUGUCGAUUCCAUAACCACAGCUGACGAUUUGUACCUGGUUAUCGUUAGAUUUAGUCAUUUCUCUCAAAUAUUAACCCUGGAUCAAUUGACAAAGUUAGUAUGUCAAUUGCUUGCUUAUGGUUACAUUAUAACAAGUUUCGAUAUGACUAAAAUUUUUUCCCACUACGGCUAUUGCGAGUUAUUUAAAAUAUUGCUUCAUACAGAUAUAAAAAUUACAGGUAGGAGGCCCCCUGACACUUCGAGAUUUAUUUAUGACGUCAAUACCAAGCCAAAGGAAUUACUGAAACAGUUAAUCGACAUUAUAAAAACGGAAUACUUGCACAAUGCUAUUUAUCAACUGUUGGAUUAUUACAUUUACCCAAAAUUAUUGAGUGCUUAUCUGGAUUUGAACAGAGGAGAUUACGUGACUACAAAAAUAUUAAACCUGCCUAAAAUCCCGUCGCUGCUGGAAUUAUCCCGUAAUACGACUAGAGAUGUUUUAAUUGAAAAGUAUAAAGUUUCAAGCUCUUGCCAGUUUUAUACAUUGAUAAAUUACUUGGAUAUAUCUCCCACAUACAAAAAAAUAUUGUCUUUUGAAAGAGUUCUGUACAAGAUGGAUCACGUGGAAAACUUCUAAAAUAAAUUACUGGACUACUAUUGUGAAUUUGUGUUAUUUUUUUACAUUGAUAUAAAACAAUAUUGGAAUGCAUUG